UCCCAAAGCCGCUCAUCUGGCUGCCCCAUAUCCGAGGGUGUAUUUUGGGAAACUUGGCUUUACUCUUGUCGAUUUAUCAACCUCCAAAUAUUCAAAACAAAGUACGUCAUCUGCGAAGGUGGAUCGUAUGGUGCGCCAAUAUCUAUAAAGCACCAUGCGAGCAGAAAACAUAAAGAAGAUUGCACUUGGGGGGGGAAAUACUUUCAGGCAACGAUUUGCGCUCUUUGCAGAACAUUUUAUUUCGUACGCCUAAAAGUGCAUCAAGGCAUCUGAAACAAGAGUUGGCACAAAUCCUUCCAAAUCACGUUUUGUCGGUGGACUAAGUGUUCCCAGAAGAACGUUUUUGAAUUAGAGGCGCUCUUGGAUCUUGAAGAUGCUGGAGCUUAAUUUCCAGGUGCUGGGCACUGCCAUCACAUCUCUGUUAUCUGUGCUGUUGCUUCUUGCUUUUUCCCGGCAAAUAUGGAACAUCAGAUGGACCAGCACGCGGGACAAAGACUGCAAACUGCCCCUGCCCAAGGGCUCCAUGGGGUGGCCUCUCGUGGGAGAAACUUUCCACUGGCUAUUUCAGGGGUCUACCUUUCACAUCUCCAGAAGAGAGAAGUAUGGAAAUGUAUUUAAAACCCACCUGUUGGGAAAACCUGUUAUCCGGGUCACGGGAGCAGAAAAUAUCCGCAAAAUUCUCCUUGGGGAGCAUUACUUAGUGUGUACACAGUGGCCUCAAAGCACACGCAUCAUCCUUGGACCCAAUACCCUGGUGAACUCCAUUGGAGAUCUUCACAAACUGAAAAGAAAAAUUUUAGCGAAAGUAUUCAGCCACGGAGCUUUGGAGACUUAUAUCCCACGCCUGCAAGACAUCAUCAAGUGUGAAAUUGCGAAGUGGUGUUCAGGUGCCGGCCCGGUGAAUGUGUAUGCGGGGGCUCGAUCUCUCACCUUCCGCAUCGCCGUCCGAGUACUGCUGGGUCUCAACCUGGAGGAGACCCAAGUCACUUACCUCUCCAAAAUAUUCGAACAAUUGAUUAACAACUUAUUUUCUCUCCCGAUUGACGUGUCAUUCAGUGGCCUUCGCAAAGGCAUUAAUGCUCGAGAAAUACUUCACACCUAUAUGAAGAGAAUUAUCGAGGACAAACUUCAGACCCCACAAUCUGAAGGUUACGAAGAUGCCUUUGAUUACAUUCUGAGCAGUGCCAACGAGAACAACCAUAACAUCACUAUUCAAGAGCUUCAGGAGACCGCAGUAGAGCUAAUAUUUGCCGCACAUUCAACCACGGCCAGCGCAGCCACUUCGCUCAUCCUUCAGCUCUUACGACAUCCAAACGUCGUGGAAAGACUCAGAUCGGAGAUAAAGACUCACGGAUGUUUCUGCUGCCAAAACUGUGUCCGUCGGCCUCCCGGUAAAAAUGAGCACGUUGAUAAGCAGAACGCAGCGGCAGAGACUGAGACGCCGGGAAAACGCGAAAGCGGAGAUGCGGGCGCGUCCUCACAUCCGAACUCUGUAAUCGAGGGAUGCGAUCGCACGCUGCCAGCUGGGCAGGUCUGGCCCAGUCCCGCCGUCCAGCCGCCUUACAUGAGCAUGGAGAAACUUGCUCGGCUGCGUUACCUGGACUGUGUCAUCAAGGAGGUGCUUCGGUUUCUACCCCCGGUGUCAGGGGGGUACAGAACAGCGCUGCAGACCUUCGAAUUAGACGGGUAUCAGAUUCCGAAAGGCUGGAGUGUCAUGUACAGCAUCCGGGACACGCACGAGACAGCGGCUGUUUACCAGAACCCAGAGCUGUUUGACCCAGACCGCUUUGGACUGGAGAGGGACGAGGGCAAGUUGGGUCGCUUCCAUUACGUGCCCUUCGGCGGAGGCAUUAGGAGCUGCAUCGGAAAGGAACUGGCUCAAAUCAUACUGAAGAUCCUGGCGGUGGAGCUACUGCGCACUGCAGACUGGAGACUCGCGACGGAAACGUUUCCCAAGAUGCAAACUGUGCCGGUCGUUCAUCCCGUGAACGGACUUCAUGUUUAUUUUAAUUACAGAAACUGCCAAGAGAGCCACCUCUAGAGAAACUGUGUGCUGUAUAUUAUUUGUACAUAUUAAAUAUAAAAACCGAA